AUGUCAUUUCUGAAAUCGCCGUUCCAGGACCCAGACUCAGAGGUCUCAUACACUUUUUCUGAUUCAGAAACGGUCGAGCUGACGGUCCAGCUGCCACAGCUCAACGUCAAGAAGAAACCGUCUUUACGGUUCGCCUUGCCCAGAAACGGAUCCCUAAGGUCCCCUUUUGCCGACUCAAACCAGGAAUCCUUUCAAGAGCCCUCCCUGCCUAUGCUGGCAUCAUUUGAUCCACAAGCUCCUAUGAAACGCCUCCGAUGGGGAGUCGCUAGGGAGAGCGAAAACACUCAAGCAGGUGCUCCGUUCGAAAUCAAAAAGACUGCCGCUGAAAGCCACAGAAGAAAGCCAGCGUCGCCCGACUCCAAAGACAAAAAGCAUGAAACAAGAACUGUGUUCUUCAACCGCUCGCUACCGCUGCUGAUGAUAGAUACGAAAACAGGAAAGGCGGCUACUUCUUACCCCAGAAACAAGACCCGUUCGGCAAAAUACACCCCACUAUCGUUUGCUCCCAAGAUGCUCACAAAGAGUUUCACCACAGACUAUGCCAACUCGUAUUUCUUGUUUAUUAUCAUUUUAGGUGCAUUCCCCAUUUUCGGUGUUCCCAGUCCCGUUUUGGCCGCCGUGCCCUUGAUUGUCAUUCUCAUCAUCACCGCCCUUAAAGAAAUGAUUGAGGACUCUCGGAGAACUGCCCAGGACAUCGAGGUAAACAACCAAAUUACGCAUAUUUUGACCCAGGUCAAGGAACACUCAGAGUACACUUACGAGAAUCCCAACGUGAACGAUGAGACCGUCUCGCUCUGGCGCCGUUUUAAGAAACUCAACUCCCGCAUGCUUUUCAAAUUUAUCAAGCUGAUCCUCCGAAACUGUACGAAAAAGGGCAGAGCCCAGAAGAAACGUGAGGAGGUGCAACCCUCCCCAGAAAACAACAGAAAGAGUUUCGAUAGUAUGGUCGAUCUUGAGCCUGCCAUGACGCGUUCGUCGAUGGUCGGCAAUUCGAACAAUUUAAGGUCUAUGGCCUCUCGCAAAUCCUACUACGGAAAGGACAAAACACUCGCAUUUGCAAGAAGAGCAUGGAAGGAGGUCAAGGUGGGCGAUGUCAUUCGUGUUCAGAACAACGAAGAAGUUCCAGCCGACGUGCUCAUCUUGUCCUCCAGUGACACCGACAACUGUUGUUACGUGGAAACCAAGAACCUUGAUGGUGAAACAAAUCUCAAAGUAAAGCAGGCGAUGAAGUUCUCCUCUCAGAACUCCGAACUCAAACGUGCUAAUGACUUCAUGGGUAUUGAUUUUGAAGUUGAGAGCGAAGGGCCUCACCCAAACCUUUACUCAUAUCAGGGUUACGUUCUACACAGCAUGCAAGGAGAGCCUCUGAAAGAACCCGCAACUGUCAACAACUUGAUGCUCCGUGGAUGCACAUUAAGAAAUACGAAGUGGGCUGUUGGUAUCGUUCUUUUCACUGGUCCCGACACUAAAAUUAUUCUCAACACCGGCGUGACUCCAUACAAAAAAUCCAAGUUAUCUCGUGAGCUCAAUUACUACGUUUUAGUCAACUUUGCAGUUCUUUUCGGCAUUUGUUUCAUCACCGGUCUUUUCAACGGUCUAUAUUAUCGGCGAGAUGGAACUUCUAGAGACUUCUUUGAAUACGGCACUAUUGUUCCCACCCCUGCUGCCAAUGGUGCGGUGAGCUUCUUUGUUGCUGUCAUUUUGUACCAAGCUUUGGUGCCAAUUUCAUUGUACAUCACGAUCGAGAUUAUCAAGUCUUUGCAGGCCUUCUUCAUCUACUGUGACAUCGGUUUGUACUACCCUAAGCUUGAUUUCCCGUGCAAUCCUAAGUCGUGGAGUAUUUCUGACGAUCUUGGGCAAAUCGAGUACGUCUUUAGUGACAAGACAGGUACACUUACACAGAACUUGAUGGAGUUCAGAAAGUGUACGAUCCGAGGUGUCUCAUACGGCAAUGCAUACACCGAAGCAUUGGCUGGCUUGAGGAAGCGCCAAGGUAUUGAUGUUGAAAAGGAGGGUCGAGCCCAGAGAGAGCUUAUCGCUCAAGAGAAGGAAGAGAUGCUUGCUGAUCUUCGUGGAAUCAGUGGCAACAUCUACGACGAUGAGCUCAGCUUAGUUUCCAAGCAAUUUGUGUCUGAUCUCAAGGGCCUUUCUGGCGUCGAACAGCAAAAAGCCAACGCCGAAUUUAUGCUCACCCUAGGUUUGUGCCACUCUGUUGUCGUUGAGGAAGACCCCAAGAACCCACUCAAGAAGUUGCUCAAAGCCCAGUCUCCUGACGAGGCUGCUUUGGUGGGCACAGCUCGUGCACUCGGGUUCUGUUUCCAAAAUAAGAACAAGAAUGGAUACACCUUGCUGAUCCAGGGUAAGGAGAAGGAGUAUCAAGUUUUGAACACACUUGAGUUCAAUUCGACCAGAAAGAGAAUGAGUGCCAUCAUCAAAAUGCCUCCUGAAGAUGGUGAGAAGGAAUCGAAGAUUGUUCUUCUCUGUAAAGGUGCCGACUCCAUCAUUUAUUCCCGUUUAUCAGACACCAAGAACCCACAAGAAAUGCUCGACAAGACUUCUGCACACUUGCAAGACUAUGCAACUGAGGGUUUGAGAACAUUGUGUAUCGCAAAGAGAGAGUUGACUCUUGAGCAGUACAAGGAAUGGAACAAGAGACACUUGGAAGCCUCUGCUUCUUUGGAAGGAAGAGAAGAAAAGAUGGAGGCUGUUGCUGACUCCAUUGAGCGUGAGUUAGUACUUCUUGGUGGCACUGCUAUCGAGGACAGACUCCAGGACGGUGUACCAGACUCCAUCUCUAUGUUAUCGGAGGCUGGUAUCAAGUUGUGGGUUUUGACUGGUGACAAAGUUGAGACCGCGAUCAACAUUGGAUUUUCGUGUAACUUGCUUGGAAACGAUAUGGAGUUGCUUGUGUUGAAGACCGAUUUGUCUGACGCAGAAAAGAAGGAACAUGGCGUUAUUCCUGGUGAUGACAACGAUAAUAUCAUGAAUCGUUUGGUCACAAAUUACCUUGGAAAGUUUGACAUGGCAGGCUCAAUUGACGAACUUGAAGAGGCGAAGAAAGACCAUUCUACGCCUGAUGGAAGAUAUGGUGUUGUCAUUGACGGUGACGCUCUCAAGAUUGCACUCGCAGAUGAAGACAUCAAGAGGAAGUUUCUUCUCUUAUGUAAGCAGUGCAAGGCUGUUCUUUGUUGCAGAGUCUCGCCUGCUCAGAAGGCUGCUGUGGUGCUCAUGGUCAAGGGCACUCUUGAGGUUAUGACUUUGGCCAUUGGAGAUGGUUCCAACGAUGUUUCGAUGAUUCAAGCUGCUGACGUUGGUAUUGGUAUCGCCGGUGAGGAAGGACGUCAAGCUGCCAUGUGUUCUGACUAUGCACUUGGUCAAUUCAGAUUUUUGACUCGUCUUCUUCUUACUCACGGAAGAUGGGCUUAUAGAAGAAUGGGUGAAAUGAUCCCAUGUUUCUUCUACAAGAACAUCAACUAUACCUUUGCCUUGUUCUGGUACAGUCUUUUCAAUGACUUCGACGGUUCGUACUUGUUUGACUUUACAUUCUUGGUGUUCUGCAACUUGGCAUUCACGUCGUUGCCAGUCAUUGUGUUGGCUGUUUUUGACCAGGACGUCAGUCCAACUGUGUCCAUGCUUGUUCCUCAAUUAUACAGGGUUGGUGUUGUUCAGUCAGAAUUCAGUCAGUGGAAGGUGUGGGCAUACAUGAUCGAUGGAUUGUAUCAAUCUGUCAUUGCCUUCUUCUUUUCAUGGCUCAUCUUUUUCAACAACUUCCCAACCAUGAAUGGUUUGCCCUCUGACCACAGAUUUUACGUUGGUGUCUAUGUGACAUGUAUCUCAUGUAUCGCUGCCAAUACGUAUGUGUGGUUGCAACAAUACAGGUGGGACUGGGUGUCUUUCCUUUGCAACAUCUUUGGUGGACUUAUUAUCUUCGCCUUGACAGGCAUUUACACAUCGAUUCCUUUCUCACAAGAAUUUUAUAAAGCUGGAGCAGUUGUCUUCGGCACCGGGGCAUUUUGGGCAUGUCUCUUUAUUGGGCUUGUACUCAGUCUUCUUCCUCGUUUCUGCUACGAUUCUAUACGAAGAUUGUACUACCCACGGGAUGCAGAUAUCGUCAGAGAAUGUGUGAAACGGGGCGAUUACCUGAAGUAUCCAAGAGACUAUGAUCCCACCGACCCCAACCGUGUUCAAGUGGACUCACCAAAGAUAGAGCUGGACUCGACCUUCGUGGAGGAGAAAUUAGACUUUGAACCACAGAAGAGACCGCUGGUGGUGGACUUGGUGAGAAGACUGAUGGUCGGAAAGUCGUCUUUCUACAAAGACAGCACGGACAUUAUCGAGACCUACAAGCUUGAGAACGUCAGCACCGCAGCACUUAACAACAUCGAAGAGGUGGCCUCCCACACGAUACUGCGUCAGCCCACGAACGUGAGGGCGUCGCUUGAAUUACCUGAACUCACGACCAUGGCGUCGCUUAGAGAUGUUGCAUCCAGAAAAUCCGGACAAUGGAACUAG